AUGCGAAUGAAGGACAGCGACGACUACAUCACUGCGAGAGGCGCCAACCCUCGCACUGGUCUGAUAUCACCGAGCGUCGGCACGAGGACUCCUUGCACACCGGACUCUCCGGGCGAGGCUCUGAGGCUUCGCGACCACCACCAAGUUUCGCCAACUCGACAUCCUCGUACAAGACCGCCGAUUAGCAGAGUCUACGAGGGCAGAAAGACUAGCGGUGGGAAGGCUCGCAAAUGGGGUGUGAAUGAAGAUGGAUGGUAUAUCGAGAGCUUGGACUCUUCUCCUGCUCAACAGCCCUCCAAUCAAGACACGCAGGCACGACCCUCGAGCUCGUGCUCCUCACAUCUGAGAGAUGAUGACUUUGUGGUGCACAUGCCGUCUGCUCGAGAGCCACAGCCUUUCGCUUAUCCUGGCUACUCCGCGGAGCAAAUCGAAGCAUAUGAGCAUUACAUGGAUAAGAGCAGGCGCGUAUCAAACGAGGGAUACGAUCGGCGCUUGUUACAUGCCUCAAACUUCUCUAGCGAUUCCCCUACAUCUGAUGCAGCACAUGGCAGUCUGGGCUUCGUUGAGGCCGGAGAUGGUCUGGUUGUUUGCCCCAUCACCGGCCAAUAUUUCAGAGCAUAUCGAGACAUCAGUAAUGGCGACAUUGCGGAUCCACCUAGCAUCGCCGUACGCAAGAGACAUGCUAAAGUAGACCGGAUCAAGCAGCAAGAUAAAGAUGAAGCUCAUAAGCAUAUCGAUGGAGCCAAGUCCGGUGUGCUAUUCGCUCCUUUUGCAUCUCCCAAGACCCCGGCUACUGGGAGGCCCUUCAAGAAGCAAGUCGAAGGCUUUCCCAAAUCCUCACCGGAUGCUUACCCAGACACCAAGCAUGCCCAGAUAUGCUCGGCAACGGGAGCUAUAUCGGGAGACAAAGUGGUGGGCUCGGCGCCGAGCGCCAGGAGCGUUGCCAACGGCGAUCACUACCAUGAGCUCAUUGACUGCAAGAGAAAGAAGACAUUGCCCAGACUCCCUCCUGAUUCGGAUCCAUCGUCAGAGGUUUCGUCGGAUCUGCGCAAGCUGCCGCGCGUACGCUUGGUGCGCCCAGAAUGCGCUGCAUUACCCCAAUGCCAUCAUCAAGACGAACGGCGACGUAGCAACGACGGUGGCAGACAAUGCGCCCUUGGAUGCGAGCGAGAGGCAAGCAACGGCGAGUGUGUCGGGAAGAGGAACUCAUCGACAAGCACGGUACGGAGAAUCUCGCCGCUCGAGAACGAACCGUCGACACCGCCACCGAAAGAGCAGGCAGCAGCAUCGAGUCCUCACAGUGAUGCCGAAAUAGCUCUCAGCAUCUUUGAGGCUCUGCUGAGGUUCAUCAUGCACAUCGAGAUUCCUAAAAGUGGCCAGAUGGGGACAUUGAUGUCCUCAGAUGUGCCGACCAAGGAUCGUGUCGAAGCGCUCAAGGCUGUAGUGUCAGUUGCAGCUCAUGCCUUGGCUAUCUGCACCAUACUGGCGAUGCUAUGGAAGCUUGGCUCGGCGGCUAUGCAUUUGCUCGAAGUGCUGCUGUGGCCUCUGGAGGUACCUUUCAGAGUAUUCAGAUGGCUUACAGGCUGUGGAUAG